UUGGGCCAAGAUGGCGGCGCUCGCGGUUGCAGGGGAGCCCCAGGCGUCCGGGGGUCCGAGGCCCCCCGUGUGCCUCUUGGUGUUGGGGAUGGCGGGAUCCGGGAAAACCACCUUUGUCCAGCGGCUCACAGGGCACCUGCACAGCCAAGGUUCUCCGCCCUAUGUGAUCAAUCUGGACCCAGCUGUGCACGAAGUCCCCUUUCCUGCCAACAUUGACAUUCGUGACACCGUGAAGUAUAAAGAAGUCAUGAAACAAUACGGACUUGGGCCCAACGGCGGCAUAGUGACCUCACUUAAUCUCUUUGCUACCAGAUUUGAUCAGGUGAUGAAAUUUAUCGAGAAGGCCCAGAACAUGUCUAAAUAUGUCUUGAUUGACACACCUGGACAGAUUGAAGUAUUCACCUGGUCAGCCUCUGGAACAAUCAUUACUGAGGCCCUGGCAUCCUCAUUUCCAACAGUUGUCAUCUACGUGAUGGACACAUCGCGAAGCACUAACCCAGUGACCUUCAUGUCCAAUAUGCUCUAUGCCUGCAGCAUCCUAUACAAAACCAAGCUGCCAUUCAUUGUGGUCAUGAAUAAAACUGACAUCAUUGAUCACAGCUUUGCAGUGGAGUGGAUGCAGGAUUUUGAGGCUUUCCAAGAUGCCUUGAAUCAAGAGACUACAUAUGUCAGUAACCUGACUCGUUCCAUGAGCCUGGUGCUAGAUGAGUUCUACAGCUCACUCCGGGUGGUGGGCGUCUCCUCUGUCCUGGGCACUGGCUUGGAUGAACUCUUUGUGCACGUCACCAGUGCUGCUGAGGAGUAUGAGAGGGAGUAUCGUCCUGAAUAUGAGCGUCUGAAGAAAUCCUUGGCCAGUGCACAGAGCCAGCAGCAAAAGGAACAGCUGGAACGCCUUCGAAAAGAUAUGGGCUCUGUGGCCUUGGACACAGGAGCUGCCAAAGACAGUCUGUCUCCUGUGCUGGAGCCUUCUGACUUGAUUCUGACUCGAGGAACCUUGGAUGAAGAGGACGAGGAAGCUGACAGUGACACUGAUGACAUUGACCACCGAGUUACAGAAGAAAGUCAUGAAGAGCCAGCAUUCCAGAAUUUUAUGCAAGAAUCAAUGGCACAGUACUGGAAGAGAAACGACAAAUAGGAGACUUUGGGAAACUCCCAUUUGCUUCUAGAAGUCCAGGAUUUUGGAACUCCAGUUGGAGAGGACUAUGAAGGACACUUUUCUUCAGACUCGCAGUUUCUCUUAGUAAGGAAAUCUUAUGGCUCAAGUGCAGUCAGGGGUAGAAGCCCCUUGGACCGGGCAGCUAAAUGCUGCUUCUCCCUUGGCAAGGGAGGAUUAACAGAUUGUUCUUGGGAGCUGAUUGCCUUCAUGCCUAGAAGUUCAGGUUUUGUCCUUUGAACUCCAGUACUCUUGCUGAUGGAUGGGAAGGAACGGCUUUGCUCGCGACCACUUCAGAUCUCCGUUUCGGAGCCGGAGCUGGAGCCGGAGCCUGUGCUUCCCCAGCAUCUUGCCUGCCCUUGACUACCCCAUGAGCUGCUGUUCUUUCAGCAGGAAUGCAGGAGGGAGGCGUGAGCUUGGCCACAGUGGCAGCGGAGUCUUCUUGGCAACCAUUCAGUGUUAGUACAGACUGUGCCUCACACUGAAAAGCUCAUUAUAGCACAGGUUUGGGGGGGAAAGUGGGGAAAACAUGAUUGAUGAAGAAUUCUAUCACAAUGGUGGCUCGGAUAAAGACUUUAAUUUUAUUGUAAGCUGUCUGUCAUGAUUUCAUAUUAGAAAACUAUUUAAUCACAAUUAGAUUCAAUUCUCCUGCUCAACAAUGAGGCUUAAAGCCACAUGUCCAAGCCUGUCUCAAUACAGAGGUGAUGUUUACUGAAAUAAAGUUUCCUGUGUACACAUAAGCUGGUAACCAGGCACAGAGACAGUCCUGUUUGUAUUGAACUUAAUGUAAAAUAUCUCUAGUGAUUUAUUCAAAGACCAUGGAAUUGAGCCAGGUGCUGUUUCAUAUGCAGCAGUCAUUAUAAAGGUUUGCCCCACCUCCACAGUCUUCACAGGAUCUUAAAACACAGCAUAGUUCUCUCAAGGAAUUUUACCCCUGCCUAAUCUACCCUCCAACUUGGUGGUUCAGAGUGUGGCUUCUGUACGAGAAGCUUUGGUGUCACCUGGGAAAUUGUUAAACACAUCUCUCAAAACCUGAAUCAGAAACUCUGGGCUGGAGCCCAGCGAUAUUUACAAAGUUCUCCAUGUAAUGCUGGCGCACACUAGUCAGAACCACUGUCCCAACUCAGCCUGUGACGCAACACCAGGCCAGGGGAAUCUUGGGUACCAAUCCUCACAUGAUUUGCCUUAUUAAAGGGCUCUAAUCUUGACCAUCUGGUGACUGUUUCCCAAUUUAUUCUAAAGCAAUAAAAGUGUUUUUGUUCUACCAUGA